UGGAUUUUUGUGCAUUUUUUGAUGUGAAAUCUGUGGAAUUUGUGGGGCUUUUCGUUUGUGGUUUAUGAUCGAUUGUGUGGUUUUUAAGGCUGAAAACUGACGCCUUUGCUUGUGCUGAUUUGUGCUUUCGUUUUCAUUGGUUUGUUUUUUGUGAUUGUUGUGUGGUUUUUGAGGGGUUUUGGAGCUGGUUUUUGGUACUGAAAGCGUUAAGAGUUUUCUUUUGGGAGUUUCAGUUGUUGUAUCUUGUUGAUUUUUUGUUUUGGUUUUGGAAAUACAAGUUUUUGUUUUCCUUCUGAUUUUGGUGCUUUGAUCUUCGACUGGUUGUUGUGAGGAUUGGAGAUUUGUUCAGAUGGUUGGAGGAAGGCCAACAACAGGGCAUUUAGAUGUGUAUUUCCGGAGCCUUAUGGUCUCUGGAGGUGGAGGGAGGAUGGAUGGAACACCUGCCAUGACUGGCUGGAAGGACCUUCCCAUGGAGCUCCUUUUGCGGAUAGUUUCCCUUGUGGAUGACCGGAUGGUCAUAGUUGCUUCGGGUGUCUGCACUGGGUGGAGGGAUGCUAUCUGUCUUGGGCUCACACAUCUGUCUUUGUCAUGGUGCAAGAACAACAUGAACAACCUUGUCCUGUCACUUGCCCCUAGGUUCACAAAGCUUCAGUCUCUCAGUUUACGUCAAAAUAUGCCACAACUUGAAGAUGAUGCCGUGGAAACUAUUGCAAAUUACUGUCAUGAUCUGCAUGACUUAGAUCUUAGCAAAAGCCUUAGGCUUACAGAUCGUGCACUCUAUGCUUUAGCCUGUGGUUGCCCCAGGCUUACCAAGCUUAACAUCAGCGGCUGCUCUUCUUUCAGUGAUUCUGCCCUUGCGUAUCUGACGAGUUUUUGCCGAAACCUGAAAUGCUUAAAUCUUUGUGGAUGCGUAAAAGCUGCAACAAACAGAGCUUUACAGGCUAUUGCAUGCAACUGCAAUCAGUUGCAGUAUUUAAAUUUGGGUUGGUGCGAGGGUGUUGGCGAUAAAGGAGUCAUCAGUUUGGCAUUAGGAUGCCCCAACCUCAGCGCUCUAGACUUGUGUGGCUGUGUCCUCAUAACAGAUGAAAGUGUAAUUGCACUGGCAACUGGGUGCCCUCAUCUAAGAUCCCUCGGACUAUAUUACUGCCAGAACAUCACAGACAGGGCAAUGUACUCACUGGCGAACAGCUGCGUGAAGAGCAAGCGGGGAUUGUGGGAUUCAGUGCGCAACAACGAUGUGAAAGGACUCAUGAACCUGAACAUCAGCCAAUGUACCGCGCUCACUCCGCCUGCAGUUCAGGCUGUUUGUGACUCAUUCCCAUCACUGCACACUUGCCCUGAAAGGCACUCACUGAUCAUCAGUGGCUGCCUCAGCCUAACCUCUGUGCACUGUGCUUGCGCCGUCCAAGCGCAUCGCUCGGGAAGGUCAGCGAUCACACAUCAUGCCUAUUGAUCGAGUGCACGGCAUGACAUGAGAGGACUGGACAUGUUUGUAAGAGUGUACAUAUUUGUGAUGUUGCUAAGCAUGUUAGAAACAUAAGAUGAAGGCAUGCUGCAGGGUCAUGCUCUUGAAUGGUGUUUUCAAGCUGUUGUUAAGUUUGGUAGGCUUAUAAAGGACAAUCAAUACACUGGUGAGUUCAUGGGGAAAUUUUAAUGUUGGGCAUAAUGACCUGAUUAAAAUUCCAUUGUUUCAUAGUCUUAAGAUUGAUAAGUGAUGAUGUCCUGUGUCCAACCAAAGUUAAGCUGAUUGUUAUUA